UAACCGCUAGCCAAAUUGUAUUUGUAUCAAUGGUUGUAAUUUAACAGCUCCACAUCAAUACCAAUAUGUGACGAUAUUCAUUGGUAACUGCACAUGUAAUCUAGAGUUGUUCACGUUUAAUUAUACAAAGUAACGGUUCUAUUUGGCUUCGCUGAGAUUUGUUGGAACGUAAUAACCAAAUAUGCCCGGAAGCAUUUCACUGGUGCACCUGAGAUAACUUGCAGAGAAAAAAACAUGGACCAAUGUUUGCAAUAGUCUACUUUUCCUCUGUUAUUCUGCAAGUAAAAGUAGUUGGUAUAAAACAUGGCUUCCAACACUUUAUCCGACUCGGACAAACCAUCGGUUUCUAAUGUGGAACAAAACAGAAAACGCCUCUGCGAUGAGUUUGCUGCAAUAACAGGGACGGAUAGCGCUGUGGCUCAGUGCUACCUGGCUGAAAACGAGUGGGAGAUGGAGAGAGCUCUGAACUCAUUCUUUGAGGCUGAUUUGGAGAAGGUGUUUGAAGAAGAUGUUCCAGAUGGUGAGGAGGGCCCCAAACCAAAGAGGCAGAGAGUUGAGGAAAAACCUCCUCGAGACUGUAUAGAUUUGACUGAAGACAGUCCGGCCUCUACACGCAAACAGUCAGAAGAAGACGACGAUAAACUGUCACUUAUCUCCUGGAACGUGGACGGACUCGAUACAGACAACCUUGGAGAGCGUGCCAGAGGCCUGUGCUCCUUCUUAGUCUUAUACACUCCUGACGUGGUGUUCCUACAGGAGCUCAUUCCACCUUAUGUUCAGUACUUGAAGAAACGGGCUGUCAGCUACCUAAUCAUAGAAGGUGGCGAGGAUGGUUACUUCACCGGGAUGAUGCUGAAGAAGACACGGGUCAAAUUUUUGGAGAGCGAGAUAGUAACUUACCCUACAACUCAAAUGAUGAGGAAUCUGCUUGUAGCUCAGGUGACAUUCAAAGGCCAGAAGCUGUGUCUGAUGACGUCCCACCUCGAGAGCUGUAAAGGCCAAGCAGAGGAACGGAUGAAACAGCUGCGAGUGGUGAUGCAGAGGAUGAGAGAGGCCCCUGAGGAUGUCACCGUCCUGUUCGGAGGGGACACAAACCUGAGGGACACUGAGGUUGCCAAGGUGGGUCUGCCCUCCGGUGUCUGCGAUGUGUGGGAACGACUGGGAAAGCAGGAGCACUGCCGCUACACAUGGGACACCAAAACCAACAACAACAAGUCUGUCCCUUACAUCAGCCGCUGCCGCUUCGACCGGGUCUACCUCCGCCCGGCCGCCAAGGACGGCGUCCCACGCCUGGCCCCUGACCACAUGGCCCUGGUGGGGCUCGAGAAGCUGGACUGUGGACGCUUCACUAGUGAUCACUGGGGAAUCUAUUGUAGCUUCUCUGCUGCGUAGAAAUGCACAAAACAACUUGAAACACGCCAGUUAAAAGUUUAAGAUCAGCUAGUUUAGUUUUUUUUGGGUCAGUACAAACACAUUAUCUGUUAAAGAAAAUGAUCUGCGACUUCUGAGGUGGGUUAAUUGUAUAUUUUAUAUUUUGAUUUGAUCAGUUUUAUCUUCUAAGUGUCUAUUAUUGGAGCCUUUGCUUUUUUGAGUUUUUUUGUGUAAUGAAAUAAAUGAAGACAGCACCAAUAAAU